GUGUCUCUGCCUUCUGGUCCACUCAAUUUCGCCUGCUCCAAUUAUGUCUCUUCACCGGCCCAGACACAUCUUGCCGGCUCGACUCAUCUAAGUCUUACAAGGCCAGAGCAUGCGCGUCUCGAUCUCACUCAACAGGUCGACCACAGUUGUUCUACCAAUACAAGCCUCCCCACAGGAACCAAUACCAUGGUUACUACAACGGCCACUGACACAACCAGCACUUCCACUUCUGCCACUGCCACGACUGUCACUGUAUCCUGCGCUCUCCAGCAGAAUCAUCAGAGUGGUCCUAGGGUUCAGCUAGUCGUUUUUGCGGUAAUAGAUGAAAAUAACUAUCCCGUCAUCUGCUUUCAACACUCACUCUCUGUUCCCAAGCUGUUCGCUUAUUUGUCGAAAAUUGGACUAAUGUCCUGCAUGCUGCACAGUCAUGUCGGAGUGAGAAAUCAUCACGCUAAAGUCCCCAUUUGGUUGUACUCAUGGCAUCCAAGUCACAUGUACGCACAGCAACAGUUGUGUGAUGUCCUCUUGCUUUGCUUGUUGAUUGGCUCGACGAGAAAGGCGCAGAGGCAACGCUCUGCCAGACGUUGCAGUGAACGAUGCUGUUUUGGUCAUGCAACACUCAACAGGCCCCCUUUGGCUUGCAAAGAUUUGCCUUCAGGUGAGGUUCGACGGGGUCAUCAAGAGCGCUUGAAUGACGAUUGCUCGCAUUCCAAUGAGCACUGGUCUCUUACUCUCUAGCUUUUGCAUACACUCGCACGGGCCAUGUCAGCAUUUUUUGGUAAUCGAUUCUCUCACAUGGCCGUUAACGCCUCGGCUCAAAUGCCUCUGAUGGUCUGUCUCCUCUUUUCCCAGUCUGGCUUUCCGGCUCCCUCUGUUUCCUCCAUCUCUCUGGCUCGACCUGACCUCGCCUUAAGCAAGUCUUGCGUCCUCCCGCACCCAUGUCUUCGCUUCUAG